CUAAAACAUAAUACAGUGCAAACAAACCAAACCAACCACCCCACAGAUAACAGUACAUACAAGCAAGCGUCGUCAGGCAGGUCGGGUCAAUAUCAAUAGGGCAGGUAGGUACAGGGGGGAGCAAGCGGAGAUGGGUCGGGGUCACAGGCCAGGUUCAGCAGGUAGCAAGCAGCGUGGUACAGAGGGUCAGGCAGAGGGAUGGUCAGGAGCGAGCCGGGAUCAGAGCAGGAGAAGUCAGCAGCGGUUCAGAUCAGGCAGGGUCAGCAAAGGAACAGAAACAGGAUGCAGGACAGAUACAGGGCCCAGGACAAACACAACACCAAGGCAGAGUCUGCAAGUCUGGCCA